AUGGCGGCACAUUCCUAUUACCCACCCGUAAACCAACCAUUUUACCCACCAACCGCCCCGCCACCACCACCACCGCAACCGUUUUAUUCAUCGGCAGCCCAACCUUAUUAUUCAACCACUCAGUAUUCCUAUUCAAACUACCCAUACCCGUCUUCGACCCAACAACCCACGUGUUAUUACCCACCCGUUUACACAGUCCCACUCCCACCGGUUGUUCCAGCUGAACGUCCAGUUGAAGCUGUUAUAACCAACCCGAUCACGAUAGUCGGGCCCCAAUAUUGUCUUCCUCGACCCGUUGACUUGAUGGUUAUCAGGAAACUCAUGACUCUAACCAAUGAUUUCACGGUAAAAGAUGUUGCGAAAAAUACCAUGUUUAAAGUCAAAGGCAAACUCUUGAGCGUUCAUGACAAGCGGGUUCUGUUGGAUGCUUCUGGGACACCAACCCUUACACUCACCAAUAAGAUAAUGUCAGCCCACAGUAGAUGGAAAGUGUACAGGGGUGCAAGCACGCGCUCUGCAGAUUUGAUAUUCAGUGCAAAAACCUCGUCCAUCAUCCAACUGAAAACUAGGUUAAAUGUGUACUUAGCCAACCGGAAAUCCGAGGAUUUCUGCGAUUUUAGGGUCGAAGGAAGCUGGUCAGAGGAUUCCAGCGUAGUUUAUGUUGGUGAAACUUCCACCAUUGCUGCUCAAAUGAACAAGAAAGACAGCGCUGCAAGUUUCUUUCUGGGGAAGGACACAUUCAUGGUGACUGUAAAUCCAAAUGUUGAUUAUGCAUUUGUGGUGUCUCUCAUUCUCAUCCUUGAUGCCAUCAACGACAGCAGCCUCACUUCAAACAUAACCACUGUGGCUAAUUUGGUAGCACGCUGA